UCCUCACUCAUAGAGACACCGAACCGUGCAAGGACAUGGCAAUUUGCCAAUCAUGGAGGCGGAAACGUCUUCUGAUGCACCUUUCUGUUUCUUGCUGUCUGUCUGCCUUUACCGCCGGCCGUUUAGACUGAAGAGCUCCAGGACCCUCCCCCCUUCCUGCUCUGUGUGUAGAGUCGAAGAACUUGUUUCCAAGGCAAGUUGCGAAAUCCAUCUUUCGCAGGGGAUCAAUGCUGAGAGACACACGCUUUUUUCGGGUGGAGGAAUCAACGAUGGAGGGCGAGAAAUGUUGCCAGAAAGGCGAUGGGGAGUUGUCCUGGAAAUUGCACCGCAGUAGGCCGGGCGUGUGGCCCCUCUUGGCCCUCUGCACGUCGGCUGCCAGGCUCGUCGCAUUCACAGUGCGUCGCGUGGCACGGUAUUUUUUUGCGCGCGUGGCUGUCUAUCUGUGGUGCCUGAAACUGCAGGCGUCCUUGUAUGGCGCUUGCUCCAUGGAGCAUUUUCUGUCUGUUUUGCCCAUCUCUGUGCGUUACUUUCUCACGCCGGCCCCCCAGAAGCGCUGCGCGCCUCUCGGGCUGUCGCACCGGGGACUUGAAAAUCGAUACCGUUACCCUCCUGCAGUGCAACACGUAUUGCCGAGAAAGGAUUCCGUUUGUUUCUUGGCGCGGUUUCGUGCGUACCUCCUACCCUUAGCAGUUCUUACAUGUUUAUCUGUCUCAUUGCUUCCGGUUUUUCCUCCGAUCCUGGCGGAAGCCGUCGCCGUCACACGUGCGUCACCGACUCAACGUGCCACAGGCUUGCGUUUAACUAGCGACGUAACGGCACACAAGAGCCGUUAUCGGCAUCACUGGGCAACGCGCUCGGUUCCAUGGCACCAAGAGGCGUCCACGUUUCGCCUGAUUUCCUGUAGCUUUGUAUGUACCCCUCAACUACACAACAUGUCUGAGCGCAGCCCAGUGGCGACCCCGCCUCAGCUGUCACCAAGAAGCCUGUCUCCAGUGUGGCGUGGCGUCGAGAAGAGUGCCCGAUGUUCUUCAUGCGUGCGAAUUCCUUCGAGGGGGGCAACUUCCCCCCGCUUCUUAACUCAGUCUUCUCUAGUCGCUGUUUCGCCCGAUCUGUCUCCUCAGUCGUCACUAGACGCGGCGAGCGGCGGCCGCUCCACAGCGUGUGAGAGGAGACUCAGAGACCCGGUUGAAGACGGUUUCGCCAAUUCGAAGCGACAACGCAGAAUCGAAUUACAAUCAGAAAUGGGAAAAGGCCAAACAUCGACUGGCAAGACUGCCGAGCACGACUCUAGUGUCGCAGCCCGCGCUACGGAAAAUGGCCCAGAUCAGCAGGCUGACCGCGGCAACGCGGCAGAAAUUGAAAGACCCGAGCGAGAAGCAGAGGCCAGUUGCGAGGCGGGCCAUCUGACGAGGAGGAAAGUUCAAGAGACUGGAGGCGGCGGGCUGUUCUGCACAAAGCUCCACUGCACCGUUGUGAAGAAGGUGAAGGAGCCACAGGAGAAUGCGGCGCGUGCAGACGCCAGCGGUGCCCCGUCCGCUGUCGAACUACAAGGACCUCUGCAGCCACUGGUUGGCACCCGCACAGGUCGGGGAUCUUUGCCGUUCACUUUUCGGGCUUGGGGACAAAGACUGAAGGCGGCGGGGGCCUCCGGAGGCGCGACGCGUGGGUGGAACUACGAGCAUCAGGGUGCAGACUGGGGCGCAGUGAUGGAUCCGUCCUGCAGCUGGACCCGGCAGUCGCCGAUCGAUAUUAACGAGGCCAUGUUGCCGGAGAAGAGCAGCGCCUUGGCCGGGACAGGACAUCUCAAGGAAGACGACGCCCACUCCGGACACAGUGACACCGCGUGCUUAGGGCUGAACCGGAUGCUGGUUGCUGAGGGGCACGAAAUGCACCUCGACGCGAUGUUCCCAGAGGACCCCGUGGCGGACUACUUGGUGAAGUGGCAGCGGGGAAUGAAGCUGCUCUUUGAGCCUUCGACGCGGCGUCCUUCAGUCCCACUCGCGCCGGCCUUUGGCGCCUUUCGGGCGGACGGAAAACGCUACAGCAUUGUCCAGUUCCAUUUCCACGCUCCAGCUGAACAUACUUUCUCUGGGGCGAGGCGCGCAGCAGAGCUCCACGUGGUGUCUAGACACGGUGAACACGAUUUACUCGUUGUCGGUGUCACGUUGGUGGAAGCCGAGACCGGGGAGCCGAACGCGUUUUUGGAGGGAAUCGGAAAAGUGCUGCAUGCGCUAAAGCCCCAUUGGCCACCCGACGAUGCUGAAUUCAAGGCUGGAGACAAACGCGGGUCGCUCUCCUCUCUGGACAAGCCAGCGUGUGUCUGCGCGACUGAUGUCAAUCAACGCGUUGGCAUGAUGCACGAAGUUCACGAUGCUUCAAUCAGGCGGAAGAAGAACGCGAGCGAGAAAAAGACACACGAUGAUGGUAGAACAGACGGCCUAGACACUCAGGAGCACGAACGGCCCUCACUAGUUCCUUCGGAACAUGCAGAACACGAACACCUUCCUCCACUGAGUCUACGGGACUGUUUGCCUGCGGGCAAAAAGACUUUCUACCGGUACCAUGGAUCGCUGACUACCCCGCCUUGCCUAGAGGACGUGACAUGGUACGUGCUCAAGGAGCCUCUUUUAGCGUCGCCCUCAUUGGUGGCUCAGCUGCGUGAAAUGUUUAUCAUUCCCGGAAGCAAGAGCAAAGGCAACUAUCGCCGCCUACAGAAUGCAGAGGUAAGGCGGCCAAUGCUUAUCGAUUUUUAUGAUGCCUUCUACACCGAGGUUCAGCCACUAUCCACCAAACGGGGCGUGCUCCGUGUGUGAGCACUGGCAGUGACACUCCCUCAGAGCUCGCUAGAUAAAUGAAAAAUGGAUUGUGUUUCAGAUAGCUCAGUGACGUUCCUGUGGUUACGUUCAUGGUUAUUUGCAAGAGGUGUAACAGCUCUCUUUUUGGUACCAGAGGUAUCGUUUGUUAUGUUGCCUUUCCUGAACAUGUAUCUUUAUG